AUGGUGCCUAAUGUGAAGAAGGAAGCUCUUGCCCCUGCCAAAGCCGAAGCCAAAGCAAAGUCCCUGAAGGCUGAGAAGGCAGUGCUGAAAGGCAUCCAAAGCCACAAAAAACAAAAGAAGAUCCGCACAUCACCCACCUUCCAGUGGCCGAAGGUACUGCAGCUCUGGAGGCAACCUAAAUAUCCUCAGAAGAGCACCCCCAGGAGAAACAGGCUUGACCACUGUGCCAGCAUCAGGUUCCCCCUGGCCACUGAAUCUGCCGUGAAGAAGAUAGAAGACAACAACAUACUUGUGUUCAUUGUGGAUGUCAAGGCCAAUAAGCACCAGAUCAAACAGGGUGUAAGGAAACUCUAUGACAUUGAUGUGGCCAAGGUCAACACCUUGAUCAGGCUUGAUGGAGAGAAGAAGGCGUAUGUUUGA